UCCUUCUCUCAUCCCUGAUAACUGGCGGAGACCUCUCCUUGCCCGGGCAACGCGUUGUCGCCCUUGUUCUCCUUUUCGACAUGUACAAGUUGGAUAACCCAUUCAGCGCUUUGUUCCUGCACCUGCUUGAAGGCAAACCAGGUCUCCUGCCGCUGGCACCGCAGGAGCGAUUGCUGCUUGGGCAAUUGCAUGGGUUCGCACCUACUAGCAUUAAAGAUGUGAUGAAGAAGUCGGCAAAGCAAGUCAUGCUGUCGGAAGUGAAUCCCAAGGAGUUGGAGUUCGAUUACUCGCCGCUGCAGGCUCUGGUAGCUGACAGGGUGUCGGAGAUGAGCUCCAUGGCCAGGGCCACUGCCCCAGCCCUAAUUCCGCUUAGCGAUGGGAGUCCCCCAAACCGCAUGGCGAUGAAGGAACUGCUCGAAGUUUUGAUGAGCAACGAAUACAUGCCCCUGCAUAGAACCUUGCAGGCUUCCGGGCCCAUACCACCGCCUACCUUCCUACUCGAUACAACGGAGAUUUCGUUUAGUGACGAGGCAGUAUGGAAGAACCUGGUGAAUCGCGGCACGUACAUCCCUCUUUACGACUCUGAGUACGAAGGCCUGCUGGGAGUCAAAACUGACAAGCGGGACAGGCGGCAACAAACCCAGACGCAGCCACAGACCGUUAAACCUCCAAAGCAAGAAGAAAAGAAAGAGAAACCACCCGAAGAAAAGAAGCCAGAGGAAAAAGAGAAAGAUAGUUCAGGAGUCAUAACGGAGGCUAAGGAACUGACCCAGUUCGCUUUGAAGUCAGCACUCAGUGUUACUCAACAACAGCGGCUGCUAGCUCUCUUGGAUGGAGAUCCUACGCUGGUAUACGAGAUCGCUGUUACACCUUACCAGCUUCCAGAUCUGGUGGAGAACAACCCGCUGGUGGCAAUCUCGGUGCUGCUGAAACUGAUCCACUCGCAGCACAUCACCGAGUACUUCAGUGUGCUUGUCAACAUGGAGAUGUCGCUGCACUCCAUGGAGGUCGUCAACAGGCUAACAACAUCAGUGGAUCUGCCGGUGGAGUUCGUUCACCUAUACAUAAGCAACUGCAUAUCGACAUGUGAAACAAUCCGCGACAGAUACAUGCAGAAUCGACUUGUCAGACUGGUCUGUGUGUUUCUGCAGUCGCUUAUUAGGAACAAGAUCAUCAAUGUCAAGGAGUUAUUCCUUGAGGUGGAAGCAUUCUGCGUCGAGUUCAGUCGCAUUAGAGAAGCCGCGGCUCUGUUCCGACUGCUCAAACAACUCGAUUCGGGGGACGCUGUGGUUCACAAAGAUGCUAAGGAAAACUAGCUUCGUUACUAAAUAAAACUUUCUCGCCAAUAAUAUUAAUUUAAAACCCCAUUUUAAUUAUGCUAAUUUCUCUCUCGUAUUCAUAACUCCAAUCCACAGAUCUUAUAUCAACUGUCUUUAUUAAUAAUAAACACUCGAGUGCACAUCAACUAUCCCUCAUUGCUACGCGAGUGCACGUCUACGAUUACUCAUUGCUACGCGAGUGCACGUAAACGAUUACUCAUUGUUACGCGAGUGCACAUCAACAAUUACUCAUUGUUACUCGAGUGCACGUUAACUAUUAACUAUUGAUUACGCGAGUGCACGUCAACAAUGAAUGGUAAGUGCAGAAUUUUCACCACUUGAGAUGGUAUCCUUGAAGAUGCUGAUGAUGGUAGUUAAUUGAAGUAAAUAGUCUGUAUCUGCGUAGCAUCCCACCGAUACGCGCCAAUACCGGGCUUAACGAGUGCUUAUUAUUAUUACUGUGGUUAUUCUCCGCAGUUUAGCAUGGUGACUUCUCAAAAGGAGGGUUUACUACUAAAAUCUCUGAACGAAGCCUCUGAAGAAUUUUGUGAACCCUUUUCGAUAUGCACGUAAUAUCAUAGACAUUUUACUUAAACCUUAAAUAAAGCAAAAGAUAAAUUCCUUGACUCAUUUGUAAUGAGCAUAAUAUAAAUGGGGCAAAGUUUUCCAAUAAUUGAAGUUUGUUUAGGAAUUCUAGACUGAAUUAUGUUUAUAUGAAAGUACUGUAACACAACUUAAUAAACACGCCACUAGUUCCAUCGCGCCAUCGCUAGAUGGCAUUAGUUGUACUCUGAAACGCGCUAUCGUUUUAACUCCAAUAGUAUAAGCCAUCUCAUAUGUUUUGUAUUGUUGAUGCUUAACAUAAAUGCUUACUACAGCUAUAGCAACUCUGUGGCACUGAACGGUACUCAAGUUAUUGAGACGUUUCGGUUCUUACUCCCUUGUUGUAUCUUACUUAAGCUUCGGCACUUAACUUUCGUUUUCACGCUCGUGAGACGCACUGUUGGGUCCCUACCCGCAUACUUUUUUGUUUUGUCUCAAUUUCUAUUCUACGCACCCCCUCCGCUCACCAGCGCUACAGUACUAUUAUGUUUUUGAUUAAUUUUCUCGUUUUAACAUACCCAAUUACCGGUAACUUAUUUCAAAUGUAACAACAAUAUUGUAGACACAUUGUUCGUCUUUUAAAAAUAGAUCACAUCCCAACAUCCCAAGCUCAAUUUACAUUGUCGCGGACCGGAAUGUAGUCUAAUUUUUCUAACCAUAGCAUAAUAAACCUUAUAAGAAUUGUGUAACAUACAUACUGGAUACGAACCAAAAACAAGUUGCGCGCGGUAUCUGGAUCGUUUUCAAAUAACCUCAAAAAAUGUGUUCCUU